UAGAUAUGUUUUUCGACGAUUUUAUGUAAUAUUUCAACAAAAAACAAAUAACGUAUAUAAAAAUACGCUUUGUCUUCCUCAAACUAAAUUUUCUUUAUGGCCUUUAAAAGGCUGUUUUGAUUCAAAGGAAUUUGAAAUACUUACUCAAAGGCUUUAUCAGUGGCAGAAAACAUAUUUGCCACCAGAAAAAACAUUUAUUUUGCAUGAUGGACCUCCUUAUGCAAAUGGUACAUUGCAUUUGGGGCAUGCUUUGAAUAAGAUUCUUAAGGAUGUAAUAUUACGGAUAAAUAUUAUGAAAGGACGUCGUGUAUCAUAUAUUCCAGGAUGGGAUUGUCAUGGAUUACCAAUAGAAUUGAAGGUUUUAGAAGAUAAUGAACAACUUUCAUUUUAUAAAUCGCCAAUGAUGAUACGUAAGAAGGCAAGAGAAUAUGUAUUGGAAACAAUUAAGCAUCAAAAAGAAAGUUUUAAAAGCUUUGGUAUUAUGGCUGAUUGGGAGAAAAGUUAUCAUACAUUAGAUGUAUCAUAUAUAAUUCAACAACUCGACAUUUUUAAAAAAAUGGUGGAAAAAGAUCUCAUUUAUAGAAGAUAUAAGCCUGUAUAUUGGAGCCCAUCUUCGAAAACAGCAUUAGCUGAUGCUGAAUUAAUAUAUAAAAAUGAUCAUAUAAGUCAAGCCAUUUUUGUUAGAUUUCCUUUAAUUAAUUUAGGAAAAUUAUCUGCGAUAAUUAAUAUAAAAAAUAAAAAACCUCUUUACGUUUUGAUUUGGACAACAACUCCAUGGACAUUACCUGCUAAUAAAGCAAUAUUGAUUGAUAAAGAUAUGGAAUAUACAAUUGUUAAUACGACUCAAUAUGGAAACUUAAUAGUUUCUCGUAAUCGAGUCCCUCAUUUACUUAAAUUUAUUAAUAUAUCUGAAACAUCUUUGCAUUUUUUUGGUGAAGCAUUAUUAGGAGCAACAUAUUAUAACCCUCUUGAGGAGAAUUUUAAGGAGAUGCCUUUUUUUCAUACGAAGUAUAUUACUUCUGACUCAGGAACAGGAUUGGUUCAUGCAGCGCCUGGACAUGGUAUGGAAGAUUAUGAAGUUUGUAUACAACAUAAUAUUCCAAUUUUUUCUCCUGUUGAUGAUCAUGGUUGUUUUACUAAGGAGGCACUUAAUGGAAAGUUAGAGUUUUUAUUCGUAUUAGAACAUGGGAAUAAAAAGGUUAUUGAGUUAUUGGAAAAUCAGAAAAUGUUGGUAUCAUUGGAGAAAUAUAUUCACAAAUAUCCAUAUGAUUGGAGAACUAAGAAACCGGUAAUUCAGAGGGCAACUGCUCAAUGGUUUGUCGAUAUUGAAAAAAUUAAAUAUCAAACGAUUAAAGCCCUUAAGAAUGUUAAGAUGAUUCCGGAAAACGGAAGGGAACGGCUUAUUUCUUUUCUUCGAUCAAGAUCAGAAUGGUGUAUAUCUCGUCAGAGGGCGUGGGGAGUUCCUAUUCCUGUAUUAUAUUCGUUAGAAAAUGAAAAACCAUUAUUAACUGUUAAAAAUAUUAAUCACAUUAUUAAUAUGGUUAAGAAAUAUGGUAUGGAUACAUGGUGGCAAGAUUCAGAGUCAGAUAUUUGGGUUGCUCCAGAAUAUAAAAAGGAUGGUAUAAGAUAUAAAAAGGGGAUGGAAACAAUGGAUGUAUGGUUUGAUAGUGGUGUAUCAUGGAAUGUUAUCUUUAAUAAUAGAGACUACGAUAAUCUUAAUUCUGAAAAAGAUAAACCACUUAUAGAUCUCGUUCUUGAGGGAUCGGACCAGCAUAGGGGAUGGUUUCAGUCUCUUUUAUUAACAUUUGUUGCAUCUCAGAAUGAUCAUUCAAAUAUUGCUCCAUAUGGAACUGUUAUAACACAUGGACAUGUUCUUGAUCAAUAUAAUCAGAAAAUGUCGAAAUCUAUUGGCAAUGUUAUAAAUCCGGAAAAUAUUAUUUUUGGUGAAAAAGAUAUUAAAAAGGGACCAGCUUAUGGAGUUGACGUUUUAAGGUUAUGGGCUGUCGGAAAUAAUUUCACAAAUGAUAUUAAUAUUAGUUCCCUGGUUUUGAAAAAUGUUGCUGAAAUACAACGGAAAUUUCGUGCAACUUUAAGAUUUCUUUUGGGAAAUCUUCAUGAUUGGAAUGGAGAUAAAGUAGAAUAUAAGGAUCUGAAAAAAAUUGAUCAAUAUGCAUUGGCUCAAACAUAUGAAUUUAAUCGCAAAACUAUAGAGUUAUAUGAUAAAUUUCUGUUUUUUCAAGUUGUUCAUGCUAUAACUAAUUAUACAAAUAAUCAACUUUCGUCAUUUUAUUUUGAUAUAAUAAAGGAUAGGCUCUAUGCUGAUCAUCGUACGAGUAAAAGUAGGACUAGUUGUCAAACAGUUCUCUUUCAUAUAUUUCGAAAUUAUAUAUCAAUAAUUUCGCCUAUAGCACCAUCUCUUGCAUUGGAAGCAUGGAAGUUUUCCAGAAAAGAAAUAAUAGGAGAAAUAGAGACACCUUUUCAUUCAGGAUGGUACAAAUGUGAAGAAGAAUGGCUAAAUUUGGAAUUGCAAAAAGAAUUUCAGAAUAUAAAAACGAUUAGAUCAGCAAGUAAUCUUAUUUUAGAAAAAGCUAGAAAAAAUAAGUAUAUAAGAAGUUCUUUGGAAUGUGAAAUAAUUAUAAAGGCGCCUUUGAAAACACAGGCGUUUAAUUUUUUAAAGAAAAUAGAACAUGAGUUAUCACAAAUACUUAUCGUCUCUGAUAUUUCGGUAAUUUCUAUGGACUCUGAAUUAUUGAAUCAAAAAUGGGAUGAUUAUCAAGAAAUUACACUUUUUGGAAGCACUUGUCAUUUAAUAGCUAAACUUUCAGAAAAAAAAAAAUGUUUACGCUGUUGGAUGUAUACAGCAACUAUGAAUGCAGAUAUAUGCCAUAGAUGUAAAGAAGUAAUGUUAAAUAAUUGA